AUGAUCGGUCCUUGGAAAAUCGGUAGGACGAUCGGCAAGGGUGCGAUGGGCGUUGUAAGAAUUGCCAGACAUGCGAAGACAGGGCAGUAUGCUGCCGUUAAGAUCAUGUCGAAGAUGCAAGUCAUCCAAUCGCGCCGCUCAUUGAAAAAUCUUGAAGAUGAUGCAGAGCGUAUCUUACGUGCUCUGGAGCGCGAAAUCGUCGUCAUGAAGCUAGUGGAUCAUCCGAAUAUCAUGCGUCUGUAUGAUGUCUGGGAGACUUCUGGGGAGCUCUAUCUUAUUCUAGAAUACGUCGAAGGCGGGGAACUCUUUGACUACAUCAUAGAACGCGGUCGACUCUCAGAAGCUGAAGCACUGGACUAUUUCCAACAACUCAUUAAUGCUAUGGACUAUUGCCACCGUCUCAACAUCGCACAUCGAGAUCUAAAACCUGAGAACAUUUUGCUGGACAAGGACAAGAUACUAAAAGUCGCCGACUUUGGGAUGGCUGCGUGGCAGUGUGGAGACAGUCUGCUCAAGACCUCUUGUGGAAGCCCGCACUAUGCUUCUCCAGAAGUCAUAUCUAGCCAACCAUAUGACGGAGCGAUCUCGGACGUAUGGUCUUGCGGUGUCAUUCUCUAUGCUCUGCUGGCUGGAAAACUGCCUUUUGACGAUGAAGAUGUUUGCGCUCUGCUUCAGAAGGUCUCCUGCGGGAAGUUCGACAUGCCAACAGAUAUUGAUCCUCUUGCGCAAGACAUGCUAAAGAGAAUGCUCGAGAAAGACGUGAACAAACGGAUCAAAAUCUCAGAGAUAGUGAAACACCCUUGGUUUACUUCGAAACCUCAGCGAGUUUCACACUAUGAUGCUCCUUCAUUAGAUGAAAUCUCCCGCCCUAUAACUAAGGCUUCUGAAAUCGACGUCGAUAUUUUUGGCAACUUGCGCACUCUCUGGCAUGGAGCUCCAGAUGAGGACAUUGUUGAGGGACUGAUCAACGAGAAGCGGUCUUGGGAAAAGGUUGUCUACACGUUAUUA